AUGGGAUUUUAUGAUGGAAUCCUUUGUUUAGUUGUCAAUCUAUUCUCAAUUAUUUUAUGGAACUCUUCCAUUCAAAAGUUCAAAAGGUUACCAUCUUUGAAAAGUCCAUUUCAAAGAGGUAGAAGUGUUAAUGUGGAGUAUGAUUUUGGAUAUGAUACAUCAAUUGAUAUUUAUAAGUUGGUUGUUAUUUUUACUAAUGCUAGUGUUAAAAAAACUAAAAUUAAGGUUCAUGUUUUGGGUACUAAUUCUUGGAGAAUGAUUCAACGGGAUAUUCCUGUUCCGGCUAUUGAAUCAUUGUGUUUUGUGAGUGACAUGUUUAAUUGGUUGGAUGAUACCGAUUAUAAUAUUAUAUCUUUUGAUUUGAAUAAUGAAUCAUAUAACAAGUUUAUGCUGCCAAAUUAUGGAGAUGAAAAUAUAGCUAGUGUGGUUUUGGAUGUAUUGAAGAGUUGUUUGUGUAUCAUAGCUCGAAGAAAUGAUUUUUGUGAUGUUUGA